AUGAGCAAAUCGAGCACGCCGUACGAUACGGUGGCGGCUCCUCCCACCCGCUCCUCGUACGCGUCACUGUUGCAGCCACGGCGGCGGCGGCGGCAGCUGCAUCUCUCGGCAGCUCCUGAAGAUGACAGACCGCUGGUGCCCUUGUCGCCCGUGAGGCAAGCCGCGUGUGUCGGAUCCCUCCUCGCGCUCUUCACCGUCAACCAGUGGUCCCGGUCCCUAAUCUUUUACCUCGUCGACUUUACUGACCGCGCCGGCCAGCCCGCGGCGGCGGUGGCCGAGGCGUCGCGAGCUUUCAUGAAUGUGGAGCUGGGUUUCGACCAGGCGCAGUACGGGCUGUUGGCGUCCCUCGGCUUCGCUGCCGUCUUCUCGUUCGCCUCAUUCCUCGCCGGCCUCGCCGUCGACAAGGCGGACGCCCGCACCCUGCUGCCCACCUCGGGCGUGCUCUGGUCGCUCGCCAUGCUGUGGCAGGCGGCGGCCUCGAGCUUCGGCGACGUGCUCGGCUCGCGCUUCCUGCUUGGCUUCUCGCAGGCGUUUUGCAACCCCGCGGCCUACGUCGCCCUCGGCCGGAUCUCCGCCCCCUCCUCGCGCGCCACCGUCCUCGGAGUCUACUCGUCGGGUGUCUACAUCGGAGGCGGGCUGGCGGCGCUCUCCAUCCUCCUCGACGGGCCACUCGGCUGGCGCGGCGUGUCGCAGCUCGCCGGCGCGACCGGCGUCGGCGUCGCCCUGAUCGCCGCGGUCGCGCUGCCUUCCCUCCCGCCCGUGGCCAGCGAGGGCAGGGAGGAAGCGGCGGGAGAGGAGGCUGCGACGGCGCAGCAGGUUAGCGCCCUCUCCUCGCUGCGAGACGACCUGAGCGAGCUCCUCGCGCCGCCGGUCGUCCGCUGGCUCCUCGCCGCCUCCGCGCUCCGCUUCCUCGCCGGCUUCGCGCUCGGCGUGUGGAUCGGCGCCCAGUUCGCGCUACUCAAGGCGUCCGUCAACGGCGUCGCCGGCGCCGCCUCUGCGCUCGGCGGCGGCGCCCUCGCAGACCGCCGCGGAGCCGCGGAGCCGAGGGCUCGCCAGUGGGUUCCUGCGGCCGGCUCUCUGGUCGCAGUGCCGUUUUGGCUGGCCGCGCUGAGCGCGCCGACGCUUCAGCUCUCCCUCGCCGCCCUCUUCCUCGAGUACCUUGCGGCGGAGAGCUGGUUCGGCCCGACGGUGGCUGCGCUGCAGGCGGCCACGCCGGCGCGGCUGCAGGGGCUGUCUCAAGGCGUGUUUUCGACGCUCACGCUGGUGGGAAACCUUGCGCCGCUCGCCAUCGGUGUGCUGCUGAGAGACCAAGGCUUCGAGCUCGCGCCGACACUCGGGGUGCUCGUGUCGGUGCUCUACGUCGCCGCCGCCGCCGCAUUUGUCGUCGCUGGCGAGGCUGGGCUCGAGGCCGGGCCGCCUGGGGCGAUCAGCAGAGAGACUGCGCGAGAUGGUUGA